UAAACUUUGAAAGCUAGGGUUUAUUCAUCUCUGUCAGCCGUCUUCGAGCUUAAGCAGAAGAAGAAGAAGAAGAGAUCUGAUCAAAAUGCCAAAGCAAAUACACGAGAUCAAGGACUUCCUUCUGACUGCAAGAAGGAAGGAUGCCAGAUCAGUGAAGAUUAAGAGAAGCAAGGAUAUUGUGAAGUUCAAAGUUCGAUGUUCCAAGUACUUGUAUACCCUUUGCGUUUUUGAUUCAGAUAAAGCUGAUAAGUUGAAGCAAUCCCUUCCUCCAGGUUUGAGUGUUCAAGAUCUGUGAAGUGACAUGACAUGAAUUUGUUUCUUAUUUCAACAAUCUUCUGUUUAGAAGUGAGACAAUUGGCUUGAAAUUUUAUAAUACUCAAAUUCCUUUCUAUGGAUGUUUUGUUUAAUUCAAAGUAGUUAUUUAGAAACAUUUUGGGUAAGUUCUAUUUCAAUCCAUAUAUUUUCAAUUUGUUAGA